UGCCGCUACAGCCCUUUCGGUUCUCCGCAGCCGUCACCCGCUUGGCAGAUCUAUAAAUCAUCGGUGCUCCGCGCCUGCUUGCAUCACAACAUCUCUUGACUCCCGCGCUCAUCACCUCCACCGUACACCCUCAUACCCUGCGCCCAACCAUGAUGGACAAGUUUCUGUCGCCCCAGUCCUUCGAGGCACGAUCCUUCAUGCGGGAUCGGACGACGUUUGAUGCUGGCAGUGACUUCGUUGACGAAGCCUCCAUCGCCGGCUACGCUGCCUACGCCGCGUUCGAUCGUUACUUGAGGGGCAACGACAUCUUCAUCUUGCCCAACUCUCGCGCGUCUCUCGAACAUAUGCUACGUCGCUAUGCAGCAGACGCUGUUCACAACGCCAUUUCGGCAAAUCGUGCACACCUUCAGCCUGGGGGAUACAGCAGGAUCUGCCAUCAGGCUGAGGAGUCGAUCCGGUCUGUGCUCAAUAAGGAUGACAACGUCGCUGUCCUCUUGGGCCUGCACAAUCAACAGAAGCGAACGGGUGGCCAGGACCAUCCAGAGGAGCACCACUCGCGUUCCAUCGUCUCCAAUUGAUCGCUCGUCGCGCCCUCCGUUUCUCCAGUCGUCGUCGUCAUCCGCUCUGUUAAUCGCUUGCACACCUUCCUCACGCCGCACUUGUACAACCAAUACCGUCGUAACGUCCUAGACAUACCAUUUGUACCAUCGAACCACGCAUCCCUUGUUUAUUAGACCACUUUGACAGAGA